AAGAAAAAAAAUAGAACACAUGAAAAUCAUGGAAUGGAAGAGAAUAAAAGGAGGAUAAUUAGCAAAGGUGAAUCUCCCUUUCUUCUUGAUGCUCAAACUCGAACACCAAAUUGUAAAAGAGACCUUUUUUAUUCUCUCUCAAACUCGGUAGUCCGUACUAACAAUGGCAGCCUUGAUGAUGGAACCCUCGUCUUCCUCUUUCCUAAACCCCAACUUCCCUUCUAAUACCAACACGCACCGUCCUUAUCUCACUCUUACAAAGAAACCCACUCUUCUUCACCGCAUCCACUCGGCCCCCACUCCCCCACCCUCACUCCGUUGUUCUGCAACUCCUCAUUCGGCUUCGACGUCGACGCCGGUUCCCGGAGACCAAGACCCAUUUUUGGAUCCCUCUCCGGACCGGACAAGGGAUCGCCGCAGAGCAGUGCGGUUGGCGUGGGAGAAGCUGGUCCGCUGGUCUCGGUCAUGGCGCAACAAGGCCAAGACUGACGUUCUUGAGCGAACAAACAAGAUUGUUGUGCUUGGAGGUGGAUCUUUUGGUACAGCAAUGGCUGCUCAUGUUGCUGAAAGAAAGUCUCAACUGGAAGUUAACAUGCUUGUACGCGAUCCUCAAAUUUGCCAAUCAAUCAAUGAGAACCACUGUAAUUGUAAAUACUUCCCAAAACACAAGCUCCCGGAAAAUUUAAUUGCAACGACUGAUGUUAAAGUUGCAUUGCUUGGUGCUGACUAUUGCCUCCAUGCUGUGCCUGUGCAGUUCAGCUCGUCUUUUCUUGCCGGAAUUGCUGAUUAUGUCGAUCCAGGCUUGCCAUUCAUAUCCCUCAGCAAGGGCUUAGAGCUCAAUACACUAAGGAUGAUGUCUCAGAUUAUUCCCCACGCACUGAAGAAUCAGCGUCAACCUUUCAUUGCAUUGUCAGGACCUUCUUUUUCAUUGGAACUCAUGAAUAAAUUACCAACAGCAAUGGUGGUGGCAUCGAAAGACAAGAAAUUGACACAUGCAGUUCAGCAGCUACUAGCCUCUGAUCAUCUAAGAAUCAGCACUUCAAGUGAUGUCACAGGGGUGGAAAUUGCAGGUGCUCUUAAAAAUGUGCUUGCAAUAGCUGCAGGAAUGGUGGAGGGGAUGAAUCUUGGGAAUAACUCUAUGGCAGCUCUUGUUGCACAAGGUUGUUCUGAGAUACGAUGGUUGGCAACAAAGAUGGGUGCAAAGCCGGCUACAAUAACUGGUCUAUCAGGGACAGGAGACAUCAUGCUUACUUGCUUUGUGAAUCUUUCUAGAAACAGAACUGUUGGUGUUCGUCUUGGAGCUGGGGAGAAGCUGGAUGAUAUACUGAGUUCCAUGAAUCAGGUGGCAGAAGGUGUAUCAACAGCUGGAGCUGUGGUCGCACUAGCCCAGAAAUAUAAUGUGAAGAUGCCAGUUUUAACAGCUGUUGCUCGGAUUAUUGAUAAUGAAUUGACACCAAGGAAAGCUGUUUUUGAGUUGAUGAGCCUUCCUCAGGUCAGGUUGAAGAAGUAUAAACACCGGCAAUAAGAAGGGGAUCUAUAAAUGGGGGUCGAAGCAUAUACCGCAGUGUCAUCCGACCAUACUUUCUUCUUUUUUUUUUUGUUCCUUUCUUCACUCGAUAGUUUAUCAAGCAAUUCAUUUGCAUAGAUUCACGUUACAUUCUCUUAUUCUUUUCUUUAAAAAACACUGCUCUUCACGGAAAACCGAGCAGGAAAAUUUUGCAAGUCAGGCAUUAAUCUUCUACAAUAUACAAGGUUUGAAUUUUGCUGUCAACUGAAAACGACUACUUAUCUCAAUGAUCAUAUAUUCAUGACAUGAGCGAAGUCAUUUCAUCUAUAUCA